AUGUCGACUGAAAACAGCGCCUCGGAAGAGCCGGCUGCAUCGCCAGAUCAGCCCACGGCCUCAUCCGCCGCCCCGCCAUCGACUGACCAGCUCAACCAUAUCGACACGGUGCGACGAAUGGUGAACGAUGACAUGCAAGAAGUAAUGCAGACGCGAGAUCUUGCAUUGGCGGUCAUCGACAAUCAACUCUGCAUUAUUAGCGAAGGUAUCAAGGCGUUGGAGUGUAUAGUGGGCGCAGCUGGCGCUAAAUCAAAAUUGGCGAUCCUGAACAUUCUAGUGCAAUCCCUGUACGCUCUGAUCUUAUGUACCAAUCAGGAUGAAUGGCGAGCGCUAAAUCCGACAUCAAGGAAGCUUCACGAAAUAUUUCUCCAACGCUUGAAUAUUAUUGCCCCAGCCCAUCCUGUGCAUUUCAAAACGGUUCUUUCUGCACAUGCAAAGCUCGAAGCGGCGCUGCUCUUCCAGGCUUCUCGGGUCAGCCAGGCAAGCCAAUUGCAGAAACAACGUCUGGCCGAGAUGAAUAAGACGUCUACCGCAAGCGUCAUCGAACCAUCCAUCAAUUUGACGAUGGAUUUCAACAACACUUUCAACCGGGCCGCCGCUGCAGAA